AGAAGCUUCAGCAGCUCCUCAUCAUACUUUGAGACUUAAAGCUCCAACAUGAUCUUGCUCCUCUUCUUGUUCGGUCUGGCUCUGGGUGCUCCAUCUGAGUCUCCGUCUGAUGACAAUGAAGUGAAGAUCCAACUUGAUGACCGAGCAGUGAAGCUGCUGAGAGGAAACUGUCCCCCGUACUGGUGGAGCUUCAACGGCCGCUGCUAUAAGUAUUUAGCUACACCAAUGAGCUGGGCUGAUGCAGAGUUCCACUGUUUGUCACAGGGAGCCAACCUGGUGUCAAUCCACAACAUGGAGGAAGAGAUCUUUGUCAGAUCCCUGAUCAGGAACUUUGACCAUGCUCAGAGAGCCAGUUGGAUUGGACUCAGUGACAUCCACAGAGAGGGCAGAUGGAUGUGGUCUGAUGGCUCUGUGGCACGCUUUUUUAACUGGCUUGCAGGCGAGCCAAACAACCAGAAACAAAAUGAACACUGUGUGCAAAACAACUAUGGUUCUGUUAAGAAGUGGAAUGACGUCCCAUGCUCUUAUGGUUAUCCCUCUGUUUGUGUAAAACGCAAUGCCUGUGUUUAGAAAAUAAGCCCUAAUUCAACAUUAGACAGUUAAUCUGAUGUUAUGUUGGCAUGUAGUGUCCCUCCACAAUAAAUUUAGCAAUGUUAAUAUUAAUAUAUCCUAAUUAAUAUGUUUAUUAAUUAAACAUAUUAGAAGUACAGAAGUGCAAGGCUGGAGUACUGAAAUUUAAGGACUCUGUAUUAAACAGGUAUUUUCAUCAUGCAUUUGUUUGUUUGUUUGUUUUUCUGGAUCACUUUAAAUCAAUAAAAUGAAAGUGCUGCACAGCGAUAGCCAGUUACCAUCUCUUUUAUUUCAUGAUUAUUAUCUUGGUUUCUUUCUUAUUUAAAUGCAAGAAGAAUCCUUUCAAAUAAGGAGCUCUAGGACUUCCUGGGCUGUUUAAGUGGGCCAGGGUAGAACAGAACAGCAAAUCAGUGCAUGGAGGACAUUAAGCCAAACAAUAAAGUAAAAGUGUUACAAACAACUAUCAUACAGUUGACUUGCCAUGC